AUGUCUGGAGCACCUGUUUCAGCAUUUUGCCUGCUGUGUCUUUUGUGGAUCGGCUCUGCCUGCUACAUCUCUAACUGCCCGAUUGGUGGCAAAAGAGCAGCACUGGAUUUCCCCGCCCGAAAGUGCAUGGCAUGUGGUCCUGCGGACAGAGGCCGAUGCUUUGGCCCUAGUAUCUGCUGUGGGGAAGGAAUAGGCUGCCUUGUAGGUUCUCCAGACACAGUUCGCUGUUUGGAAGAAGACUACCUGCCCUCCCCGUGUGAGGCCGGAGGCAGACUAUGUGGGUCUGGAGAAGGGCAUUGUGCCGCACAGGGAAUCUGCUGUGACUCAGAGGGCUGCAGCAUGGACCAGUCUUGUCUGGAUGAUGAAGGAGAGAGUAAUCUCAGCCAGCUGGAGAGUGGCAGGGAUCACCUUAUGAACCUUCUUCAUUUAGCAAGACACACAUAUCCUCUCAGGCUCCACCAGUGA